AUGCCGCUACCGGCGUUCCAGUACCAGCCGCUGCCGGCGCGAUCGAUCCGCGUGAUCGAGCUCCUGCCGGCGCGGCGUCCCGAGGACCCGCUGCGCUGCGCGAUCCGGGCCGUGUCGCUCGACGACGCGCGCGCGGCGCCGUACGAAGCCCUCUCGUACGUCUGGGGCGAGCCGGCGGGGCGGUGGCCCCUCGACUGCGCCGGCGCCGAGCUGCUGGUCACCAGGAACUGCCGCGAGGCCAUGGUCCACCUGCGCCGCAGGUUCGCGCCCCGCACGCUCUGGAUCGACGCCGUCUGCAUCAACCAGGGCGGCGACGACCCGGCCGUCGAGGAGCGCAACCGCCAGGUCCGCAUGAUCGGCGAAGUUUACCUCCGGGCGAGGCGCGUCCUGAUCUGGCUCGGCCCCGGGGACGCGGCGACCUCGGACCUCUUCCGCUACCUCCCGAUCGUGAAGCUCAUGGACAGGAUCCAAGAAGAUUACCCGAGGCUGGACAAAAUUUUACAUCAUACAAUCUCUCAGCAUUUCGAUAUGAACGGGGCGCUGGUUAGGCGCAAGCAAGCGCAGCUCCGGGCGUCCAUGGUUGCCAUCCUCGAGAACCCCUGGUUCGAGAGGGUCUGGACCAUACAGGAGGUUGCCUUUGUGCGGAAGUGCGUCAUCAUCCACGGGCGGUCGAGCGUAGACUGGGAGUCGUUUUGCCUCGCGUAUAUGGCUGAGCCGAGGCUUCGAAAGUCGGCCCGUCCGGCGAAGGACCUGAUUAUCCCCCGAUGGAGGCUGUACUUGUCGCUGCGCGGCUCCAGUCUCCAGGCGAUCCCCACAGCCCGCUUCGAAGGGAACGAGCAGGCAGAGUUCGAACUCGGACUCCUCUCCGACCUGCGUAAUAUGAAGGCGACGGUCGCACACGACCGCAUCUAUUCCCUGUACGCGGUGUUCCAGGCCAUGGGCCUCGACCUACCGGCCCCCGAUUACAGGAAAGACAUCGCCAAGGUCUUCGAAGAAGUGACGCUGGCCUACAUUCGGCUCCGCCAAAACCUCAACAUCAUCGCCAUCACGCCGCCUCCAGACGAGGGCUCCGGAUUUCCCUCUUGGGUCCCCGAUUGGCUGACGCCUGGAAGCAACGGGGCCUUCGGAAUCUGGAAGCUCGCCGAUUUUGACGUGAAUACGCUCUCGAUCGCGCCUGUGCUCACGGCAAACACUAAGGAUGGUAAGCUAGGCGUGAUGGGCAAGAUUAUCGGGACCAUCACCAAGCGGAUAUGCUGCCCUCGGAUCGGUGACCCGGGAGCCAGCAAGAAUCAGGCAUACGAAGAGCUGAAGUCGUCCUGCGCCCACUGGCGCCGCUCAAUCGACGGCCUGACGGCAUACCCCUCCGGCAAGGACCCAAGGCAGAUCGAACGCGUGCUCCUGAGAUCUUACCACAGUGACGUCCCUAAAAGUAGGCUUGGGACUUUAUAUAAUUGGGCAGUGCGGGAUCGAUCUAGCGCGCCGCCACCCCUGGUUGAUGACGCCACCCUCGACUGCCUUGUGGAGGAGCGCAAGCUCACAGGUACCUGGGUUGUUAUCAUCCUCGACACGGGCUACUACGGCACGGCGCACCACCUCUGCCAGGUUGGCGAUGAGAUCGCCGUUUUAGCGUCACUCAAUCCGCUCGUUCUCCGCCCCCAGACGGCACAGCGUGAAUUUCGAAUCGUGACCCCGGCGUACUGCGAUGGGGGCAUGAAUGGCGAGUUGGAUUUACCCACUGAAGAGCUAGAGGAGAUUAUACUCGUCUAGCAAUGGAUCUAGAUCCCUCUGCCCGACCCGGUGCUCCUGUUCGCCACGAAAGGUCUUGGAAAAUUGCUCUGAUCCUAUGAUGUAAUAUCUCUCAUCUAUUCAUAUAAAACGAGCUCGCAAGGUAUACGACCCUAUUUAAUGAACUGGUACCGGGUAGUCGGGUAUAAAGCACAAUGUCACAGUCGGCGAUAAAAGGUCGUGAAUUACCUGCAGUUGGCCCGCAUAUAGUUAGAGAGGUAAUAUAGAACGAUCAACGACCUCUAGUUGAGACGCCUUUUUAAGCUUAUAUGAAGGCUCGCAACGUAUGCCGUAGGAAAAGAGAGCUUGCCAAGGUUCAUCAC